ACGUGUUCGUUGUCUGAUACUUCCCGCUGAACGUCAUUUCAAAUUUCCCAUUCAGAUUUCAGUUUCCAGUCGAAAAUUCCCCAAACUCUACACACUCUUUUCGCUUCCCUUAAUUUUGCUACGGUAGGCGAUUACACCAUCAGAAGCAGAGCGAAGAAGAAAUGGAGGACGAUCUCUCCCUGAUAGAGAUCUCCGGCGCCGACGAUUCCUUGCUGCAGAACAGCGCCGACGACGCUCCUUCCUAUCUCUCUUGCUCCCCAUUCCACUUCUCCAGACCUAAGCCGCCUCUUCCAAAUGAAAUCGAAAAACUGAAAUCUAAUGCUAAUAGAGAGAGUGCGUCGGUUGACAAAGAAAAUGUUAAUAACACAAACAAAUCGGACGCAGCAAAGCUUAGCAUGGAGCCACAGAAAAUGAAGAGGAAGAAGAAAGGUGGAGGAUACAAUUUGAGAAAAAGCCUAGCGUGGAAUCGAGCUUUCUUCACGGAAGAAGGUUUUGCUGAUUUUUCACUUCAGAUUUCUUUUUUCUUUUUGAAGUUGUCGUUACUUAGUGGAAAUCUUGGUGAACCUGGUGGAGAAACGUUGUCAGUCAUCAAUGAAGAAUCCUCGUCUAGUGUUCUUGGCUGUGCAAGUGAAUCCGAAGAUUUGUUGGUGCUGGAAAAGAAUUUGUUCAAUGAAGUGUCUCAUCUUAAUGAAGAGAAGAAUAAUGGUGGUGGUUUAUUAACAAAAGUUGAUCCGUCAACUAUGAAGACUCCAGCCAAAGCUUCUGCGGUCAAGCGAAAUGUGCUGAGCCAGGAUGCUAAUAAAAGUGGAUCUAAGCGCAGUGGUUGCCUGAGACCUAUCAUCUCAUCUGCAUAUCCUUACUUUGCGAAUGUGAACAUGACAAAAGCAGCAAGUAGGGAGUCAAAGGUUUCUAAGAUACCAGUCCCAAAGCCAGAUUCCUUUGCCAUUUCUUCAACUUCUAAGUGUGUUGUGGGAGCAAAUAAACUUAAGGGAAAUAACAUUGGCCAACCAGCAGUGCAUGCCCAGAGAAGGUUAGGAUCAGGGUCCUCAAAGAGUAAAAAAAUUGCUCAAAAUGAUGCAAAACAUGGUCUUGCUAGUAGAUCUUUGACUUCAAAAGCCUCUGUGCAACAGGCUAGAAGAAAUGUGGGUAGCAUGCCAUCAGGAAGUCCUUUAUCAACUGAUAAAUUUACCAAAGUUAACUUAGGCAAAAAGGUCAUCAAAGAGCCAGAGAACAAGCCUGCUGUUCAUGCAGAAAUCAGCCAUCUGACUAAAUCCAGCAAACCUUCUUCUAUUCCCCAACAUGGUUCCUGUGUUGGUGGGAGCGUGCCAGUUGCAGCACAGCAAAUGGUAAAACCAUCAGGGUUAAGGAUGCCUUCACCUUCACUGCAGUUCUUUGGCCCAUCAAAAGAUUCUGCCUUGCGUACUAUGUUACCAAGAAGCACACAAACCAGCAAUCAUCCUCAGUCUGAUAUUCCUAGUUUGAGGAGACUUACUUCCACAAAACCUAUUUCUGUGAAGCCUCCACUAGCUCCUAUGAAAGUUCUUGGAAUGGUUAAUGAUACGACAACAAUUGGAAAUGAUACCAGAUCCAUCUCUAGUGCCGGCUGCUCUCUUCCAUCAAGUGUUAGCACUAUGUCAUGUGAAAAUAGAAAAGCUAACUUGAAGGCAACUAAUAAGCUGAAGGUUGAUCUGACGGCUGCUUGUGCUUUAAAUAGUCAUGAAACAACAAAUAAUCAGCAACAGCUGCAUGACACUCAUAAUGAUGUUGAGAAACAAGGCAAAGAUAAAGGACUAGGAAAUGAUGAUAACAAAUUGUUCCAGCAAAAUGGAUCCCUUGAACAGGUGGAGAAAGAUUGUAUGAAGAGAGACAACAAGCUUAGUCCCAAAAGAGAAGCUCUGAGUGGAGCAAAGCUCAAAACCCCCUAUUUUAUGUCUCAUCACACCAGUGGCAACCAACUUGCAGGAAACAGGCAGUACCAUUCAUCAGCCAAGAAUAUUGGUAUCUCUUCAGAAGGUUCUUCAAAUUUACAAGACAAUCAGGAAAGCAGCAUAAUUAUUGGCGACGAAAAGUCCAAGGAACUAGUUGACACAGUGAAGCUUUGUUCCCUGGAAGGUGAUCAUAUAAUUACUGAGAUUCAGAGGCCUCAUGUACAUGAAGGUGCCUUGGAGAGUGGACUUUCUGAAGAAUUCCAUAUAUUCAGUGACAUGAAUUGUGACAAUAUCUAUCCAAAAGAAAGAGGUUGUAGUGCUGGCGAAUUGGGAAGGUCUGACAGUCUACUUUACUCUGCUGAUGAAAACCAAGUGAAAGAUAGUGUUGGUAGUGGUGAUUACUCAGGUAGUAAACUGCAUGUACAGGUGAAAUCUUUUGAUGCUAAUGUAUCUCUUGAGAACACCAAUGAUUUCUUGAACAUGUCAGCAGCAGAUGAUCAGCAUGCAGAGAGCAAUCUUCUUAAUGUUAAACUUGAAAUGCCAGAAAGAGCAGAUGCUUUUAGAAAGGAGCUAGAAACUUCAACUGCCUGUGGUUUUGACAUGACAGAAAUGGAAUGCCCACAUGUGGAUGAUGUUGCAGGUUCUACUGAGGCACAAUGCAAAUGUGACACUGAUUUCCUUAAUGGAGCUACAUCACAGGAAUUGGAGAGGAAUGGGAAAGAUCAAAUAAUUGAUGCACCAAGUCUUCCUGAUAUUGCUGAUACUAAUAUUUUUCAAAAGAGUUGUUAUCUUAGUUUCAAAGAACUAGAAAAUCCCCAUUUAACAUCCCAGCUUAGCUCUGCAACGCAAGGUAACAGUCCUGGAGUAGGUGAUGCUAUUAACCAAGAAGGUAAGGAAAGCAAACAAGGUGAUUUUCCUGUAAACAUCCACAACUCUACCUCAGACCUGCAGCCUGGAGAAAAUAUCACAGUUUGUCAUCAGGACAAUUUGAUGCUGCUCAUUCCAUUGCCAUGUGUUGUGUAUAAUGUCAAUGGAGAGUCUAAUGAUCAAGCUAAGCAGAUGGAGUCCUGCUCCCUUGAAGCUAACAGAGCAUAUAAAGAGGGAAAUUUGAUUCCAGAGACAUAUCAUUGCCCUUUUUCUGUGGAGGAAAAAUGUUUUGACGAGUGUAGGAAAGUGGAUACUGAUGACAUUUUUGAGGUCAGUCUCAAUGAUAAAAAUUUUGGUGAAGGACUGAAAGGUCCUCAUGAUCAGUUUCAGCUUGAACAGAAAGAACAAACUAAUGAAGAAAGGGCUGCCAGAGUUAACAAUGUGACUAAGAGAUUGCUAACAGGGGACGAGAAUUUGCAGCCCUUUGAUGGCAGUAAUAUACUCCACAGCUGCAACAAUAACCUUGAUACUUCAGCAGAAAAAGGCAAGUCUUCAGUUGUUGGGGAUACAGAUGAACAGCUUGGUGAAAAUCCUGAGCUUCAGAAUCCAGGUUUUAUUUGCAACGAAGCUCCAGGUCCCGUGAAGAUUAAACCACCAGAUCAAAAUCUUGAAACCUAUUUUGCUAUUAAGAUCAAGCAUGACGGUCAACUUGGUUGUCAAUCACCAUCUUUGGAGUUUGAUUUGUCUUCACCAAGAGGAGCUCAAAUUUCAAAGACAGAAAAUGAUUGUAAAGCACUUCGCUUGAAUGAGGAACCAAGAUUCCGGGUAAGAACAUAUCAGACUACUUAUGGAAACAUUGUGCAGGAAGCAGAAUUGGACAGUAACACCUUGACAGAUGCUGAAACUGGUGUUUCUCAAGAGGGUAGCAGUCCUGACACUGAAAUGCAGCCUGAGUUAAAUGCCUCAAAUCCCAUGGAAGCUAAGGAUGAAACAACUCAGUGCAAUGAACCUACGCAUGACACAAAGCAAGUUAACCUUGUAAUAAAGCCUCCACCUAAUGCUGUUCCAUUUUCUGAUGAAUGGUUAGCUGCAUUUGAAGCUGCUGGUGAGGAAAUUCUAACCAUGAAAAGUGGUGCUGUACAAAAUUCACCCCAAGACAAGUCUCUACCUGAACCAGGUCCAUGGUCUCCGGUGAGACGGAAAAACAAUCAAGGGAUUGGACCUUUUGACUGCACAAAAUUUUCAAAUGCUAACAUUCCACCUCCUGAAUCCAGUUAACUGAGAUUCAUCAAAUCAUUCUUUUCAUUGCUAACUUGACCGAAUACCCUAGCAUGGCCUACAGAAGUUUCAGCAAUUUGUAAGUGAGUCUAGUAGGUUUUCAUUGUUGAUAUUGUAAGUAGAUUGGAUGCCUGUUCCUGCUGCUUGCACAGCGCAGGUAGCUGAAUCAGGACCUUUGACCUGCCUAUGUUUUUCACACCAGGUAACAUGUAUCUAUCCACGGACUAAAGGAUUAUCUACAUAAUCUUUGUUCAAAUUAGACCAUUGCUCCAUGUUCAUGCCUUCACAUGGUUCUCGUGAGAUUAAAGAUGUGAAUCAAAAUUUAUUAAUUUCAUUUUCAAUUACUUUUUUGCCAUAUCUGCUUAUAGAAUUCUUCAGAAGUACAAUCAUGAAAUGCCGGGGCAAUUCAACAGAGGAUUUAUGGUUUUCUCCACCAAAUCUGAGUCCAAGAAAGAACCAGAUGCUUCUCAAAGUUCAUUAAUUUUAUUCCCCAUCUAUCAGUAUCUUUAUUAGAUGUUCUAUUAUUAAGAAAUCAAAGUGUUAAUAAAGUUUACACUACACA